GGAAGGCGGCGCAGAAGCCGCGUCCGCCGCGUCCGGUAGGUACGCGGCGCCUGGAGCAGCGCCGGGACCCGCUUCAGCACCGCGGACAGCGCCAGCCGAGAGAGGGGUCCACGCGCGCCCGCCCGCCCGCCGCCUGGGGCUCGGUGCCCUCCUCCCUCCCGCGCAGCGUCCCGCACUACGGCUCCAGGGGAAGACGUGGCGUCCCCAGCCCGCGGGAGCGGGGACGCGCAGGACGGCCGGGACACCCCGCUGGGGAUGCACCGAGGGCCUGGCAUUCGAGCUGCCCAGAGCUAGGGCUCUGCCUGGAGCCCAUGAGCACCAUGCGCCUGCUGACACUCGCCCUGCUUUUCUCCUGCUCUUUUGCCCGCGCCGCCUGCGACCCCAAGAUUGUCAACAUCGGAGCUGUGCUGAGCACGCGGAAGCACGAGCAGAUGUUCCGUGAGGCCGUGAACCAAGCCAACAAGCGGCACGGCUCCUGGAAGAUCCAACUCAAUGCCACGUCCGUCACCCACAAGCCCAACGCCAUCCAGAUGGCCCUGUCGGUGUGCGAGGACCUCAUCUCCAGCCAGGUCUACGCCAUCCUAGUUAGCCACCCACCUACCCCCAACGACCACUUCACUCCCACCCCCGUCUCCUACACAGCUGGCUUCUACCGCAUCCCCGUCCUGGGGCUCACCACCCGUAUGUCCAUCUACUCAGACAAGAGCAUACACCUGAGCUUCCUGCGCACGGUGCCGCCCUACUCCCACCAGUCGAGCGUCUGGUUCGAGAUGAUGCGCGUGUACAGCUGGAACCACAUCAUCCUCCUGGUCAGCGACGACCACGAGGGCAGGGCCGCGCAGAAGCGCCUGGAGACGCUGCUGGAGGAGCGGGAAUCCAAGGCUGAGAAGGUGCUGCAGUUUGACCCGGGAACCAAGAAUGUGACGGCCCUGCUGAUGGAGGCACGAGAGCUGGAGGCCCGGGUCAUCAUCCUCUCUGCCAGCGAGGACGAUGCUGCCACCGUGUACCGUGCAGCUGCGAUGCUGAAUAUGACGGGCUCUGGGUAUGUUUGGCUGGUGGGGGAGCGAGAGAUCUCUGGGAACGCUCUGCGCUACGCCCCGGAUGGCAUCAUCGGACUACAGCUCAUCAAUGGCAAGAACGAAUCAGCCCACAUCAGUGACGCCGUGGGCGUGGUGGCCCAGGCCGUGCACGAACUCCUGGAGAAGGAGAACAUCACCGACCCGCCCCGGGGCUGCGUGGGCAACACCAACAUCUGGAAGACAGGGCCACUCUUCAAGAGAGUGCUGAUGUCUUCCAAGUAUGCAGACGGGGUGACAGGCCGCGUGGAGUUCAACGAGGAUGGGGACCGGAAGUUUGCUAACUACAGCAUCAUGAACCUGCAGAACCGCAAGCUGGUGCAAGUGGGCAUCUACAAUGGCACCCAUGUGAUCCCUAACGACAGGAAGAUCAUCUGGCCGGGUGGAGAGACAGAGAAGCCCCGAGGGUACCAGAUGUCCACCAGGCUGAAGAUUGUGACCAUCCACCAAGAGCCUUUUGUGUACGUCAAGCCCACGCUGAGCGAUGGUACAUGCAAGGAGGAGUUCACCGUCAAUGGGGACCCGGUCAAGAAAGUGAUCUGCACCGGGCCCAACGACACGUCUCCGGGCAGCCGUGAGUGUGGGUCGCGGGCGGGACGUGGGUGCGGCGGGGCCGAGCAGCCAGAGCUCGGUGGUCAGGGCCCAUCUGCCUCCCUAGCACGCCACACAGUGCCACAGUGCUGCUACGGCUUCUGCAUCGACCUGCUCAUCAAGCUGGCGCGGACCAUGAACUUCACCUACGAGGUGCACCUGGUGGCUGACGGCAAGUUUGGCACUCAGGAGCGGGUGAACAACAGCAAUAAGAAGGAGUGGAACGGGAUGAUGGGCGAGCUGCUCAGCGGGCAGGCGGACAUGAUCGUGGCGCCGCUGACCAUCAACAAUGAGCGGGCACAGUACAUCGAGUUCUCCAAGCCCUUCAAGUACCAGGGCCUGACCAUUCUGGUCAAGAAGGAGAUCCCCCGUAGCACACUGGACUCGUUCAUGCAGCCUUUCCAGAGCACGCUGUGGCUGCUGGUGGGGCUGUCAGUGCACGUGGUGGCUGUGAUGCUGUACCUGCUGGACCGUUUCAGCCCCUUUGGCCGAUUCAAGGUGAACAGUGAAGAAGAGGAGGAAGAUGCGCUGACCCUGUCUUCAGCCAUGUGGUUCUCCUGGGGCGUCCUGCUCAACUCAGGCAUUGGGGAAGGCGCCCCCCGAAGCUUCUCAGCGCGCAUCCUGGGCAUGGUGUGGGCCGGGUUUGCCAUGAUCAUUGUGGCCUCCUACACUGCCAACCUGGCGGCCUUCCUGGUGCUGGACCGGCCUGAGGAGCGCAUCACAGGCAUCAACGACCCACGGCUGAGGAAUCCCUCCGACAAGUUCAUCUAUGCAACUGUGAAGCAGAGCUCAGUGGACAUCUACUUCCGGCGGCAGGUGGAGCUGAGCACCAUGUACCGACACAUGGAGAAGCAUAACUAUGAGAGUGCAGCUGAAGCUAUCCAAGCCGUGCGGGACAACAAGCUUCAUGCCUUCAUUUGGGACUCGGCGGUGCUGGAGUUUGAGGCCUCACAGAAGUGUGAUCUAGUGACCACUGGCGAGCUGUUCUUCCGCUCAGGCUUUGGCAUUGGCAUGCGCAAGGACAGCCCGUGGAAACAGAACGUCUCCCUGUCCAUCCUCAAGUCCCACGAGAAUGGCUUCAUGGAAGACCUGGACAAGACAUGGGUGCGGUACCAGGAGUGCGACUCUCGCAGCAACGCCCCUGCCACCCUCACCUUUGAGAACAUGGCAGGGGUCUUCAUGCUGGUGGCCGGGGGUAUUGUGGCUGGGAUAUUCCUCAUCUUCAUCGAGAUCGCCUACAAGCGGCACAAGGACGCUCGCCGGAAGCAGAUGCAGCUAGCCUUUGCGGCAGUGAACGUGUGGAGAAAGAAUCUGCAGGAUAGAAAGAGUGGUAGAGCAGAGCCCGACCCUAAAAAGAAAGCCACAUUUAGGGCUAUCACCUCCACCUUGGCUUCCAGCUUCAAGAGACGUAGGUCCUCCAAAGACACGAGCACCGGGGGUGGACGCGGCGCUUUGCAAAACCAAAAAGACACAGUGCUGCCGCGACGCGCUAUUGAGAGGGAGGAGGGCCAGCUGCAGAUGUGUGCCCGUCAUAGGGAGAGCUGAGACGCCCUGCCCGCCCUCCUCUGCCCCCCUCCCCCGCAGACAGACAGACAGAUGGACGGGACAGCGGCCCGGCCCACGCAGAGUCCCGGAGCACGACGGGGUCAGGGGGAGGAGUGCCCCCCAGCCUCCCCCAGGCCGUGCCCGCCCGCCCGCCGGUCGGCCGGCUGGCCGGUCCACCCGUCCCGGCCCUGCGCGUGCCCCCGAGCAUGGGGGCUAACGGGCUGCCUUGUCUGUGUAUUUCUAUUUUGCAGCAGUACCAUCCCACUGAUAUCACGGGCACGCUCAACCUCUCAGAUCCCUCGGUCAGCACCGUGGUGUGAGGC